AUGUUUGACGUAUAUUGGACUGACCCCGACCGUGAGCUCGUCGGCGAGCAUCGCGCCAGGAAAGAAAAGAAACGCGAACAAAAAGCCAAGAAGAAAGAAAGAGAACAAGAGACCUCCACCAUCCCAGGAUCUGCGUCCAUCGCAAGUACCACAUCAUCUACCGAGUCCCGUUUUGGCUUCCUUCGACCUCGAAAUGGAAAGCAGGCAAAGAAUAGAGACAAGGUCAAAACGGGGCUUCUGACCCCAAGCCAGCACUCUUCUCGCUCCAACUCGGGGAGUUAUCACCGUCCAGCACUGAUGGCCAACCUGUCUGAAGUGUCUCUCGGUGCCGCGAGAGCACAAAAGGCAAACAUUCCUGCUUCUGCUUCUACUUCGGCCUCUAUUAACGAGACCCAUAAUUGCAGUCGUAGAGGGUCUGGGUCCUACGUUAUUAAACAUGCUGGAGCAUCGCAAACUCCCCCAAGAUCGGAGUCUGACAAGCCAGAGUUGUCUAUCGACAUGCGUGUUUCUUCUGAGGCUGAUGUUGAUCAUCCCGCUACACCUUCAGACUCGAUCGGAGAAGGACACGAUCCAGUUCCCUUACUUCAAAAUGACUCGAUCCCUUGCCUUGUACCAAGCAUUCGACUUCCAAAGGCAUCAAAGGCCCCCAUCAUCAUCAACUUCCGGCCUAAUGAUCCGGACUCUUGGCGACCGCCCGAGGAAUGGGAGUACAUCGAUCGACUAGCCGAGGAGGUGCGACAGGCAGCGGCCGACGAAGAUGUCGAGAUGAAGUCUCAGACUGAUAGCCAAGUCCAACCCAACCGCGAGAUAGACUUUGAAGCUCUUAAGAGUCAAGUGAACCAAAUGGCUGCUGCAAGUCCCGCUGUGGUGCUUGCACGUAUUAAGGAAAUCUGGAGUGUCAACGAUGAGAGCCUCCAUCCAGAGUUGAACAUGGAAUUGAAGCGAUGGAUGCUGUCCAUUCUAAACCACAUGGACAUUGAGCAGAAGAAUAGCCCCAUUGAUGCUUCCAACGCGAUGAGUGUAACCGCCAAUCUUAAAAUUCUGGCACUCUACGAAUCCAGCAUUACCACCGCUUACCUUGCAGCUCUACACCCGACAAAGCAGGUUCAUCAUAUAUCCGCAGAACCUCUAUCGACCGCUCAGUUCGCCAAGGUUCACCCGAUUCUUGUGCCGUCUGUGUCGACCUCAACGCUUCCGCUCGAGAAGCACAUUUUCGAUACAGUGUACUCGCUGUCGCUUCCUUCCGCUAGCCCCUCGACCGAGAUUCCCGGGGUCCUCAAGAAUAUCAGCAAGCACUUACGGGUCGGCGGCUCUCUGCAUCUCACUCUCAUAGACCCGCUCCCUUGUGCGGGAACACUCGGCCACCGUAUGCGAACGUGGCUCGAAGAGCAUCUCCUGAUCAAUCUAGAGAGACACUUCCGAUGCACUAACCCGAGUAAGUUGUUCCCGGACUGGAUGGGCGAUGCGGGACUGCGUGGCCAGGGCAGCACUCUCACAACAUCCAAGUUCUAUGCCGUUUCAGCCAGCAUCCGCAGCCAAGUCGACGACAACGAUCCGUUCGUCGACAAAGCUCCCUCCGAACGGGAGGUCAAAGCCGAAGUGAGAAGCAUCGUCGGCCGUCUGCUGUGGAUGGAAGUCUGGGGCAACUUUGUCACCGGAGAAAAGUGGUGGUGGGAGGACGAAGGUUGCGUCAACGAAUGCCUCCAGCUUGGCACAGUUUGGGACUACCACAUUAUAGAUGGGGUCAAACCAGAGGAGACCCUUGAACAGAUUGAAGAAGAACCUUAG